UACUGUGUAGAACUGUUACAGAGAGUGUUUACACCGAUCAAAAGUUAAAACAUUUUAUCUAAUCAGUGAACAGUAGCUAGGCAAUUUUGACAGCUCUUUCAAUGUAAUUUGCCAGGUGAAAUCCAGCGCUUGUUACCUGAAGAUACCACAGAACAGUUUUGUAGAGGAAUUUAGGUGCCAAAUCAAUUUAGAUUUCAUUGGGAUUUCUAAAACUGUUCAGUUAUACGGGUGCAUUUGAUAUACGAAGAAUUUUUCAUUUACCAUUAUCGGUGCGUAAAAGCCAAAAUGAAGGUGGAAUUCUAUGAAUAAACGUGGUGAUAUUUAGGAAAUGAGUCUUGAGAAAAUGGACAGCCCAGUUUGGCGGGGAAGAAAUAAGCAUGGGAAUGAAAUUUCAGGAGUUAGUAAUAUUAAGCAUGAAAAAGGUAGCCCCUGUCGAAUGUGUACUGGAGUUGAUGCGGAUGAUAAAUUAGAAAAUGAAUGCGAUUGCAAACCCGAGACUCAAGAUAUAGAAUGUGCUAGGCACUGUUCUGGCAGAGAUAUAAAUGUAAUUAUAGAUAACAACAAUACAGAUGGAUCUAUAGAUAUAAAGUGUAAUUCUCUCAAUGAAAAAUCAGUGAAAAAAGGCACCGAUCACAUGCAGUUUACCGUGACUGAAGUUACAGAUUCCGAUCUUGCCAGUAUUUCACCCAGUGAUAGUCAACAUCCGAUAUUCGACAGUAUAGAUGAACAUUCCGAACUGCUAUGUGCUCCUGAAUCCCCGAUCUCACCCACAGAUACACUGACAAAUAACAGCAUAACAGCCUUGCUCUCCAGUAAAUGGCAGGAUCUAUCUAGAAGGAUUAAAGAUUACAGUGUCAAAACAAGAUUUAGGAAAAGAAUUGUGUCCAAGUGGGAGAGCCUGAACUAUGAUACAAUUGAAAAUGAACUACAUCGGCAGGAGAAAGAGAAACCAAACGUAAAAAUGGAGAUAAUCUAUCGCUGGGUGAUUGCCUUUUUCACAGGCCUAUGCACCGCCUUGCUAGCAACUGUCGUUCACAUUGUUGUCGAGACCGUCGGACAUGCCAAGUUUAAGCUUAUACAAAACCUAUUGGACAGAUGUUCAAAAGAAGAGUGUCUGUGGCAGCCAACCUUGGUAUGGAUUGGUAUCAAUGUUGCAGUAUCCUGUAUUGGGGCAGCAUUGAUUGUUUAUUUUCAGCCGAUGGCAUUCGGCGGCGGCGUUCCAUACAUCAAAUCCUACCUAAAUGGAGUGAAGAUUCCAGGUUUGCUGACACUUGAAUGUUUUGUUGCUAAAGUAGGAGGCGUGAUCAUGUCAAUUUUAGGAGGUCUUGCAUGUGGAAAGGAGGGUCCUAUGGCUCACUCUGGAAGUAUAAUUGCUGCAGGUCUAGGUAAAGGCAGAGUCAGACUUCCUUGUAGGAAGAAACGAUUUUCAAUAUAUGAAGGAUUUCGUGAUGACCAUGAAAUACGAGAUUUUGUAUCGGGAGGCGCGGCAGCAGGGGUUUCCGCUGCCUUUGGGGCUCCGGUAGGGGGCACACUCUUCUCCCUUGAAGAGGCUGCAAGCUUCUGGAGUAAUGCGCUUACCUGGAGGGUGUUUUUCUCAGCUAUGAUCGCCUGUUUCUUUACUAAUUUACUACUGAGUGCAUUUCACGGAACACCAUUACGUCUGUCUGCCCCUGGUUUAGUCAGAUUUGAUGUUUUUCCAAGUUUACAGUUUGACUUGAUGGAAAUUCCAGUUUUCUUGUUAAUGGCUGUUGUAGGGGGUCUUUUAGGUGCUGUUUUUGUUGUGCUCAACUAUAAACUUACAGUUUUUAGAAACAGAUUUAUAAAGUUUAAGUGGAUGCGGGUAGCAGAAGCAGGUCUUAUAGCCGCCAUAGCUGGAUUGUUAUCAGUUGUUAUGUUUGCAAAUAUUAAUUCUUGUACCGACAAGAAACCAUUUGAUGGUGGGACCAUAGUAGCUCAGGUGAAAUGUCCAGAAAAUGAACACCAUUCUCUUUCUACAUUGUUACUAGCAACGCCAGAAGGAUGCCUAAAAGCUCUUCUAAACGAUCCGUUUGCUUCUUAUGGGCCGGUGACUGUAUCCGUCUUUGCGGUUAUUUUCUUUUUCCUUGCUGUAUUUACGUAUGGUCUGAGUGUAUCUAGGGGUGUGUUUAUUCCCUGUCUUGUGAUUGGUGCGGCGUGGGGGAGGCUGUUUGGUAUGGCUGUCGUGCAUAUAUUCCCUGGAGACAAGGAACAGUAUGAGACUGACAUAGGAAAGUAUGCACUUAUUGGUGCGGCAUCUCAGCUUGGUGGGGUACUGAGAGCCACGAUCAGUUUGUCUGUGAUGAUUGUAGAAUGCACGGGCGAGGUGUCCUUCGGGCUUCCUAUAAUUCUAGUGCUCAUGAUUUCCAAAUGGGUGGGAGAUUUUAUAUCUACGGGUCUGUAUGAUAUGAAUAUAGAAGUUCUAGGACUGCCAUUGCUACCCUGGGAUCCACCAGCCCUCUGUGAUACUAUCAAAGCUAGCGAUUUGAUGAAUUCUCCCGCUUUAACGUUAAACAAGAUAGAGAAAGUAGGCCGAAUAGUGGAAAUUCUUAGGAACGAAACAUUCUGUGGAUUCCCUGUAGUAAAUUGUAACGGCAAGGAUAACAGAGCCAGUAAAGUGUGUGGAUUAAUUUUGCGGUCGCAACUUCUUGUUUUACUUAAACACAAGGUAUUCAGUCCGCCAGAUUUGAUGCAGCCAAAUACAGUUAGACUAAAAGAUUUCCGGAAAUAUUAUCUACAGAAUUUAAAAAUCGAGGAUAUAGAUAUUUCUACAGAAGAGAUGAGUUAUGUGAUGGAUUUAAGACCAUACCUUUCCCCAAAUCCAUAUACAGUUGGUCCGACGUUUUCACUUCCACGAUUGUUCAGACUUUUUCGAGGUCUUGGUCUUCGUCACUUAAUUGUAGUCAACGAUUGCAGAGAGCCAAUAGGCAUGAUAACCAGAAAAGACUUGGCGAAAUUCAGAGUUGAAUCAAAACGAGGUUUGCUCAAAGUUGAACAGCUAAAUAUUGAAGAUAAAUAAGAAGUAUGGUGAACGACGAACAACUCGGACAUUCAAAAUAAGACAGUUCUGACAUCUCGUAUUUAAAAGAAUGGUUUAAGGACAUAUGUUUCCGGUCGUCUCUCUUUAUUAUUGGGACACACUACGAGUUACUUUUAACUUUACGAUAAGGAAAUUAUUAACACAGUUUGUAAUGAUAGAUAUUAUUUUUUAAACAAUUUUACGAUUCCAAUUCAUUUUAGUAGGAGCCUCGGUAGCCAGGUGGUUAAAGUGGCUCAAUCAAACCGAGCCUGCAACAUUUUCAUUUUUAUCGUGUUGGGCGACCUAUCGAGUAUUCUAUAUCACUUGCCUCUGACCGCCGUGGUUCUAAAACCCGCUUGAAAAGUAGAAUUGUUUCUUGUAAGGAGACCGCCCAGCUGGCUUACCGAUAGUCAGUGGUUCUAACCCAUGCGCCGAUCCGUGAUGAAACACGGCCCAGAGCCGUUGGUCUUUCUCCACUACAAAAAGUUUGGAAAUUGCCGUAUAACCUAUAUUUGUGUGGAUGUGAUUUUAAACACAACAAAAACAACAAAAAAGUAUUUAAUUUCCAUAUUUUAUUAUAUCUAUUUAGAAUAUUUCUGUUUAUAUAAUCUUGCCUGUCAUUAUUAUCUUGAACGUUCAACAUGAUGAAGCGUUUGUAUGUCGUCUUACCAUAUGGUGUUUAAGGUUAUUCUUAUUUUGCACGUUUGAUAAGUCGGAAGUAAUGGCAUUUUUCCGGAUAACGUAGAAUAAAACCUGGGCUUGGUAGUCGGAAAUGUAAAACAUUUUGUGAAUUAAAUGCAGUCCGUGCAUACAUUUAUUACAACGGCAAUAUUACUAUUUUUCUAAACAUGAAAUAUGGUAUUUAAUCGAUUCAAACGAUAAUUAUUCUAAAUAAUGUCUUAAAUUAGCUUGAAAGUCGCUAUUCUCUUUAACCAAGGGCAAAUAUAACAAAAUCAAGCUCAGGGACCUAUACAUUUUAUUUCACCAUAUUUUAGACCAUUUGUUCAUUUAGUAUGAAGUUUCUUUAAAAUCUACUUUGCAGAAAAAAUCUAUUCACGACAAGGAUAUCGCAAUUGUGAUUUGCCAUAGAUUCCCAUUAUUUGCCGAAUUUUUAAAAUAUAAUUCUGAAAAAAAUAGGGUUUAAUAAAAUUCUACUUUGCAGAAAACGUUAAGUGUAAUCUGCGUUAGUUUUGAUUUACAGAAUAAAAAUAGAUUUAUAAACUUUUUUGAACAUCCCGCUAUAGAUAAUAUUAAAAAGUUCAUUUAAGACGGCCGUGCCUGUCAUAUAAAUAAUUCCAGUACGGUAUAUGUAUGUACUGGAAGUAACUAGGCACUUACAUGUAACUAAGCAAUGAAUAAUCUGAAAAUAUUUAUUUAUUGAAUGGUUUGAGUAAAAACUCUUGCCUGAUGUAUGAAAAACCGGUGACCAGUAGUUUUGACAAUUGACCGGCAAACAAUCCAGUAAGUGUUUUAUUACAUAACAUGAAAAAUUAAUUUUCGAGAUUUAUUUUCAAAUUUUUAACUUGUAAGUCCAGUAAGCAUGUGUUGAAUAUAGACCGGUCAUAUAGCACAAAAUGUGGACCGGUGGUUUAUAUAAUGAGACCUGUAAUAAUAUAUUCCAGAUUGACCAUACAUACUGAAAAUAUUGUCAGCAUUUGUGAAGAAAUUUGUCUUAAAAACAGACGUGUUGAAAUAGGGCAAUUUUGCUAAAUCAAAUGCACGUAGGGUUGGUAAACGGAACCAUCUGGUCCAACUGUAAUCUAACAAAAGUUUAAUGAUGAUACACCUUCUGCAUACAUAUGAUUACGAUUUGUGAAGACAUAUGAUUACUACAGUUUUAAUAUAGUGAGACACUCUAUUUGGCAUCAGUCGAUAUUAACACAUUAUUGGUAUAAAAAUCAUUUCUAAAUAUCAUACGGAUUGACAACUAAAUAGAAGUGCCUAAAUGUAAUAAUUAUAGAGGAAAUGGCAUUUGUGAUAAAUCAAGGGCUCAUAACCCUUGACCUCCUAACCUUAUCUGGUCAAUAAUCCAACAUACCACAUACACGCAUUCUGUAACAAUUUUAUAAGGACUGAUGAAAACAUUUUGGUGUUAUGGUGUAAUUACUGUGAAAACUAACUACGAAAUUCCUUUGAUAAAUCAAUUGUUAUGAAUUUGGAACUAAAUAUCUCAGCUGAUACACUAAUCUGGGAAUGUAAUGAUGGGUUUCUAUAUAGUCCUAACUACAAGACAAACAUCAUGAUAUAUGUUAACAAAUGUAGUAGACGUUUACAUUUAUCCUGUAAGAAUUAAAUAGAGGAACAGGCAAAGUUUUCAUUAGAACAUGCUUUUAUUUAUAUUCCAUGAUAAAUAAGUAGAAAAGGCCAAUGAAUUCAGUGUGAAGUGUGAAUCAAAACCAUAAAUACUAAAAACGGCAUUUCUUAUAUAUAACGCCCUAAAACGACCACAUGUAUAGAUAUGUGACUAUGGUCCCAUUGAAUGUAGCUAGGAUUACCGCUGGACAAUGUCUAUUGCCCUUCCUCAAAUUUGGGUGAGCAGCUGACUUCUCUUAGUCCGCUUCCAAUGCACAUAUCAAAAUAAACAACAUAAUGUAUAUGUAAAAGUUAAAAUAUACAAAAUAAUCAGUACCAGGCCUACAUAACUAUUGCGCUAGUCUGAAAACAUAAUGGUGUCAGCAAUGGUUAUAUAUUGUAUUUACAUAGUGGUACUAUUUAGACAUAGUUUUAUCAACCAAACAUUGUGAUACUCGUCACUAGUUGAUUGUUCUGGUGUAGAUCAUCAGUACACAAUAGUACAUGUAUAUACAAAUAAAUGGCGCUUGUACAGGCAUCAGAAUUUUUAUACCGAUGAGGCGCGUAUUUUCCCGCUGUCUUGCAGUGUAAGUCCGGUGUUUGGUCGGUAAGGGAAUAUGUUAGACAUCGUCUGGACGUUCGGAUAAGUUGGUCCUAGAAAAAAAAUUAUACAUUAAAAAAUCUAUAUAUGUUAACCAUCAUGAUUUGAUUAGUGCAGUAGGGGGAAACAUUUCUGUCACUUGUAUACAACUUUGCGUCAUCGCAACCAUAUAUUUGGACAAAUCAAGCAAUGCUUUGAUGAAAUCUUAUCACAGUGCUGAGUUUUCCAAGACUGGCGGUAUUCGAUAAAUAUGAAGCGUAUGAAAUUAGUAAAAAUGUUUUCCGUUAGAAAAUUUAUCUAGAUGUAAUAAGAACAUAAAAUAAAAUCUGGAAAGUAGAUCCCUCGAAAGCACCGAGAACAAGGCAAAAAGUGAAAAUUGCAGACUAGGUUUGAUUGAGUCUGUUCACGAGCAGUAAUGGAAAAUGCAACACUGCCCACGCCCCCUAGCACCGGCUUAAGCAGUAUUCAAUCUUCAAAUCUAAAUGAGUUGAAAUCAAUGAUCCCGAAGGACCAGAAAGUAUAACAACACUGAGAUGAAGUCGGGGCGACUUUUUACGGCCGCCAGCCGAAUAUUUCUUAGCAAAAGUCUUAGCUCGAAAUUUUUAAGCGCAUCAUUCUUUUCACGUAAGUUUUUAAAAACAAAAUAGAUUUUGUGUACUCAUGAUGACAACACCAUAAGAGUUGUUUUACAAACCUUCUACUGUAUGUAUAAUUUGCAAGGUACUAACUGUGCGCUAAUAUUCGGGCUUUAAGUCGUCAACAUUUGUAUCACUGUCUUGUACCAUUUGUUCCACACGUUUGUUUGCUACAGUAAGAAUAUGACCAGUGUUUGCAAUGCUUCUCAUAUUAUUAACAGUCAAUUUUCUAAUCUCUUUUGUUUCCAUGAUAAUGUCGUAACCUCUUUCAAGUGUCUGUUUGACCUCAACAUUCAUCAUUGAAUCUAGCCCAAGGUCACCUAAACUUGCAUCAGGGUUUAAGGCAUUCGGUUCACUGAUUCCUGCAAAAAAAACUCAAAGUGCCAUAAUUAUCAAUACAGUCAAACAAUAAGCAGAUCAUAUUUUCUUCGUUCCUCAUAUCACUUAAAGCUUUUUUUCUAAACUUUUGCAGUCGUACAAAACCGCCUCGUACUUGGACUCAGAGCUAUUAUUUCUACUCCUAAUGGAUAAUGUAGUCCACUUAAUGUCAUUUUGUAAUACAGUUC